GUCUGUCAUCAAAUCUUCUCUUCGUGCAUGCACAGCUGUGAGCGGCGCAGAUUCGACCCCGCCUUAGCAUUGUCUCGCAUGCUACAUGAUGAGCGACUCCGUAAGAUUCUGCCCGUUCCAAUUCAUAUCACCAAUUCUCUUGGAAGCUUGAGUUGAGAAUUGUCACACAUAGAAGUAUUAUUCGCCAAUCUGUUUUCACAUCUUUUCUUUUGACCAACGAUUUUACGUAUUUGUGAUGCUGUCAGAUUCCCGAUGAUUGAUGCUAUAAAACCUUGUGUUGGGAAAAUGUACAAUGAUCGUGAAGAAGGCACUUUACGAUUUCCGGAAUUCGUAAGAGGAGAUUUUAAUGAGAUUCAAUUAAGAGAAAUACCCCCAACUCCAAUUGAAUCAAGUUUCGAUGUUGAAAGGAUACCGAGGGCAAGGGCAAAUUCAGCAGUUUCAGAUGUUUCCGAGCUCUCAACAGUAUCAGUAACAACGGAUGCUGAAUAUCUUGUGACGGAGGGCUCACCAUCGCGAAAUGUUUCUAAGGCUAGGGGACGGAGCCAUUCAAAUGAAUCGAGAUAUUCAAUCUUUCCCGUCGAGGCACCAAGACGCAAGUCGACUGCUUCUACAAAGACAACAAGAAUCACUAGAGAGAGGGCGACUUCUAUUGCAUCAUCAGAAUGGUCGACCACUCUCGAUGUACCCACACACUCGAAGAUUGGAGCCUCAAGAGCCUCAAGAGCUUCGAGGUCCAGCUCUAGUCCUGGUCCACCUUCUAGGUUGCCCUCAAGGUCGAGGGGAUAUUCGAAUCCAGAAUACAAUAGAACAAUUAGUCUUGAAGUACCAGCACGAACAGGUACAAUUUCUUCGAGGCCGAGGGGAGUUUCUCAUUCUGAUUCUAUGGCUUCCGCGCGAACAUCGAUCAGUCGAGACUUUGGAGAUCACAGAAGUCUUCUCAAUACCGGACAUCCACCACCUGCUGUUUCUGAGAAUGACCUGAUGGCACAAUUUGAGAACUAUGUAGAGUAAGAGUGCCUUAUUCAACAGGGAAGAAGGAUUAAUAACAUAUUAUUAGUGCAAUCAACGGGGUUCCAGCGAGAAGGAUAACUCCAAGGCGAGUUAUAGCUCCCACAAAGAAGAAGACAAGGUGGAUGCAGUUGGACUUUUCUUUUCAGAACCCUUCGCGGAAAAAGCCGAACAUAUUAGAAGAGGAGACCGAAGCUCCUGAUGGUGUUGGGGCUCAACAUUGGAAAAACCGCUCUUCCGUUUUAUCAGCCCUUAUGGGUUCUGUGCUUGUCGUAUAUAUAGUAUUUGUCAUCUGGGCGUCGCAAAGGUCAGGGAACGGCACAAAUAUCGGAAGCAUAUACGACGGAAGCUGUUCCAUGGUUAACGCGACAAACUUUGGCUUACACAUACUAAUCAAUGUAAUGGGUAUGGUAGUCUCCAUGGCAAGUGCUUGUGCUCUCUAUUUUUUAAGCUCUCCAACGAGAAAUGAAAUAGAUGAAGCCCAUGCAAAAGGAAAUAGCCUUGAUAUCGGCGUGUUAAGUUUAGGAAACUUGAAAAGUUUGAAGAAGAAAAUCUUGUUUGGGCUGUUGCUGAUUUCUUCUAUACCCAUCCAUCUUUUGUUAGUUAUUAUUCAAUGUCAUCCACCUUUCACCUGUCGCUAACAGGUAGCAGUUCAAAUUCCAUGGUAUUUGCAUCUAAUUUGGAGGUCGACUACGACGUUGUUAUAGUCAGUCCGCAUUUCCUAGUCCAGUCAACCGUAGACUGUUCGCAGGAUGUCGCAGCAACAUGCAGCGAAAUUGAUAAUCACCCCAUAUCAUGUGAAACUCAUCCCCUUAACUUUACUACCUCCAAGGAUUCAUCGGAUCUUUGCAACACCUCCAUAGUUUUACAUGAAAGUGCAACCCAAAACAAACUUCGGCGCCUCAACACAACCGAUUGUCUCACAGCUUACUCAACCCUUUCAAACCCAUCCUCAAAUUAUGGGAAUGUUUUGGUAGUAACUAAAAACCAGCCACUAUUCACCAACAAUACCAUUCUCCUCGCAUUCCAUCAUAUGACAUACUCUUCCGUACUCAGCGGCCAUGGGUGGACUUGUGGCCCCGAAGACCCCUUACCAGGGCAUAGUAUGUGCGAUAUUUCUAAUCUAAUCCUCAAUGCCGAUAUCUGGACACUUGGGCCAUCACAACUCCCAAUCACUUCCAACUCGACAUCGCUGGAGUCCUACGAAAGAUGGGAAAUUGAUCAUUGUCUCGCUGAGACAUUGCCAGACCAGCCCAUGUGCAAACUACAGUAUAGUCGCCUAAUAUUGUUAUGUAUAAUUAUCGCAUCGGCGGUGAAAUUUAUCUGCAUAUUAUUUAUAGCAGCCAGCAUGAACCAGACAGUUCUUUCGACGGUGAAAGAUGCUGUCACCUCGUUUCAAGGGCGCACCGAUGCGGUGACAUCAAAUAGAAAUUUCAUCCAUCGCAACUCAGCAUGGAAGUCCAAAGAUGGACUACUGAUCCUAGAACCGGAAGUGGAGGGAAGACCAAGGAACUUACGGUGGUUUCAUGGAGCUAGCUUGCCACUGUGGAUUGCUACUCUCUUCUUGUAAGUAGACUCCUGAUUGCUUGAAAGAUUAUCUAACCACAUGUACAGAGGCAGCAUCCUUCUAGCUAUCCCGCUCAUUCUCCUCACCAUCGCCACAGUUCCUAUUCCCAAUCCCUAUUCAAUCAGCCUUGGAAGCUAUUCGCCUCUCGCAAUCAUAAACAUUUUCCCCUGGUCUAGCAAAUCUUUUGUUCCUUUCACCCAGAUAACAAACACGCAACUCUUUCGAACAGUUCUCCUCGCCAAUCUCCCCCAAUUCGCAGUCUCAAUUCUGCUAUUUCUCUUCGCACAAGUAUACACCCGUAUGCUAUCUGCAAAUACAUUUUCAUGCCUCACGAACCCUUCUCCGAGCUUGAAGUCCCGGAAAAUCAUGGGGUUUUCAUGUGCAUAUCUCUAUAUCUCCGCACAAGCACUUUUGGCAUCAAUACUUCAUUUUCUUGUGUCUCAAGCCCUAUUCAUACAUCAUGUUGAAGUAGUAGGGAGUCAUGGGUCUAGAGAGUCUCUAGAGUAUUUGGAUUUGGGAUACAAUCCUCUGGGUAUUUUAGUGUCGUUAGUGUUCGGUGGCGUAAUGGUUGGGACUUUGAUUGCGACUGGUUCGUGGAGGCUGAGUGGUGGGCAAUUGGUUGGAAGUGGGAGUAUGGAGAUUGCCGCAGCUUGUAAGGAUAGAUGAUGAAAAAAUGUGAAGCCGUGUUUGGACAUAAUGAUAGCGUUCUAUGUACUAUAUUUGGAUGGGGAAAAAGGGAGCAUUGUCUCCAAGACGUGGCAUGAGGAGUCUGUGUAUGAUGAUAUUCAAGUGUGUUUUUUCU